CUUUGCCCCCUUGUCCUUGCCUGCUACCCAACUUUUCUGUCCUUGUGCUGCUAUCGGGGGCUUCCGCAGCUUCAGGGGAGUCCGAAGCUUUGCAAGCGCGCGAGUAUUUAUUACCAAAAAACAAAACAAAACAAACAAACAAAAAACCCAACCAAAAAACCCACACACACAGGCAGUGCCAGCGGUGGAACAGCGCGCCCUGUACAUACACAGGCCUGCUCCCCCAGGCUUCUCAAGUCAGCUCUGAGUUCCGGAAGUGCACCCCGAAUUCCUCCUCAGCUCCUGUGUUGUCUCCUUCGCGCUUCCUGAGCUCGGAAUGUGGAGUUGCAGAAGAAGAAAGACCCCAGGCCCUGCCCAGUUUGUGUCUGAGCGUCUCCGCCUUGGUCCUCUGGCUGUAAGCCUUCAAGGGCAUCAGCACAUCAGCUCAGACCACUGGACAGAGAGGAGGGCCUAAGGGCUAGGGCCCCAGCCCAGCGGAGUCCUCCCAAACCGUCCCCCAAACAGGAAGGAGCUUGAAGAACAAAAGGGCCCCGACAUAGCCGGGUUUCUCUGGCCUGCGCACAACCCUCAGUGGAAAAGAAGCAGCCAGCUGCAGCGAGCUAACCUGGGCACGGUGGAACAUUACAGCCCUGCGAGCGACUGGGCUCACGCAGGUUCCUGGCUUCGGAUUCCGGCUCCCUGCCUCAGACAGCGCCGGCGCCGCCAAGACGCAGCUUUCGGCACCCACUGAGGGGCUCAGGGCCAUGGGUGCCACUAGAGCGCUGGCUUGCAAACGUGCCAGGGGCUUCUGCGACUCCGGGCCUCCAGCGGGGAGACUCUGCUUGCCUCCCGGCUAUAUUUGUGAUUUACUUUCGUCUUUUGUUGCCCAGAAAAAUAACUGCGGAGAUACUAGGCACUGCCACGAAAUGCUUCUAUUAGUGUCCUCAGUUUAUGCCCCGAGGUCUAAGCAAGACCCCAAUAUCUCAGUCCACGGAUUCUCAGCUCCCAAGCAGGCUCUGUGGCUGCUGGAAGCCUGGGCCCACUCGCUGGUUUUACAGGGAACCCACCGACUUGGAGACCGGCUGGCUCGAGGAAGGGGACCUGGUGGUGAAGAUUCUACAAGCCAGAUGCGUAAGCAAAUCAAAUAGCAAACUAAUAACACAAAAACCAUAUUUACAAGAAAGAAAAAUCGACGCCGGUUAUAAAAGUGCGUGGAAUCUGACCUCGCCUCGGAGAAACACUACACAAAAGCUAUCUUUAAUAGACGCCUGUCAUUUAAGAGCGGCAGGGACACUGUCUCUCUUGCACUGGCAAAAAACAGAGCUGUAAUUGUAGCUGCUGCGGGCAGGAUUUAUUUCUCCAAUUUGGCUAAAUGGCCUCCUCCCUUUCCCCGAAGGUGUUAUCUGUAUUUUCAAAAUUCAGAGCUGCCGGCAGGAUGGCAGAACCGACCCCAAACUCGACACAAAAAUAAGAGGGGCUGCAAAGCGGGCAAAUAAAGUUGCAAAUAAAUUUCAAGUCACCACCUCCCCCUAAUUCUCUGCAUCCUCGCCGGGCGCGCGAUCGGCAGCUGACGGCCUCACAAUUGGUACAUCCUAAUGGAACUGCGAGGGAAAUGCAAUAAUUUUGCCAUAAUGGGCUGUAACCUCAAUUCGACCCCGGCCCUUGCAGCCCGGGGUCGGAAGCGGAGCGAUGCUCCCUGUCUCCAGCGGGUGGCGCUCGAGUCCGACUGAACGGCGGUGGCGGGCGGCGGGCACGCGCCUGGGGCGCGCGCGCCACCCCUCUCGCCUCCACCCAACUCCCCCAUUAGUGCACGAGUUUACCUCUAGAGGUCAUCAGGCAGGAUUUACGACUGGACAACAAAAGCACGUGAUUCGAAGUCGUACCCCAUAUUUGGGUGCCUACGUAGGAGGGAACCAAGUACAUGUCCCAGUCAUUUCCAUAAUUCAUCAUAAAUUGUGCAAGGGUGCUAUAGACGCACAAACGACCGCGAGCCACAAAUCAAGCACACAUAUCAAAAAACAAAUGAGCUCUUAUUUUGUAAACUCAUUUUGCGGUCGCUAUCCAAAUGGCCCGGACUACCAGUUGCAUAAUUAUGGAGAUCAUAGUUCCGUGAGCGAACAAUUCAGGGACUCGGCGAGCAUGCACUCCGGCAGGUACGGCUACGGCUACAAUGGCAUGGAUCUCAGCGUCGGCCGCUCGGGAUCCGGCCACUUUGGCUCCGGGGAGCGCGCCCGCAGCUACGCGGCUGGCGCCAGCGCGGCGCCCGCCGAGCCCAGGUACAGCCAGCCGGCCACGUCCACGCACUCGCCUCCGCCCGACCCGCUGCCCUGCUCCGCCGUGGCCCCCUCGCCCGGCAGCGACAGCCACCACGGCGGGAAAAACUCUCUGGGCAACUCCAGCGGCGCCUCGGCCAACGCCGGCAGCACCCACAUCAACAGCAGAGAGGGGGUUGGCACGGCGUCCGGAGCCGAGGAGGACGCCCCCGCCAGCAGCGAGCAGGCGAGCGCGCAAAGCGAGCCGAGCCCGGCGCCGCCCGCUCAACCCCAGAUCUACCCCUGGAUGCGCAAGCUGCACAUAAGUCAUGACAACAUAGGCGGCCCUGAAGGCAAAAGGGCCCGGACGGCCUACACACGUUACCAGACCCUGGAGCUGGAGAAGGAGUUCCACUUCAACCGCUACCUGACCCGCAGAAGAAGGAUUGAAAUAGCACAUGCUCUUUGCCUCUCCGAGAGACAAAUUAAAAUCUGGUUCCAAAACCGGAGAAUGAAGUGGAAAAAAGAUAAUAAGCUGAAAAGCAUGAGCAUGGCCGCUGCAGGAGGGGCCUUCCGCCCCUGAGCAUUUGAGUGUUUAAAGUACUGAGCAGUAUUAGCGGAUCCCGCUUAGUGUCAGUACUAAGGUGACUUUCUGAAACUCCCUUGUGUUCCUUCUGUGAAGAAGCCCUGUUCUCCUUGCCCUAAUUCAUCUUUUAAUCAUGAGCCUGUUUAUUGCCAUUAUAGCGCCUGUAUACGUAGAUCUGCUUUCUGUUCAUCUCUUUGUCCUGAAUGGCUUUGUCUUGAAAAAAAAAAUAGAUGUUUUAACUUAUUUAUAUGAAGCAAGCUGUGUUACUUGAAGUAACUAUAACAAAAAA